CAUCUGAAGCGCGUUCACGUGUCCAUACACACAAACACGCGCGCAGGCCAUAGCAGCACACCGGGAGCAUCCCUGAGAGGAGGGAGCGCUCGUUUUGGUUUACCAUCUGGAAGAAUCGCUGUAUUAGCUUCUGUCGAGCUUGAUCAAAGACUUUCCCUGACGACGCAUAAUGAGCUCUGCCGGGCGCCGUGGAUGCUGAGGCGUGCAAAGAAAUCCACAGUGGAUCGGGUAAAGGACCCCCGUGUCUCCUCCAGCAGAAGCAGCAAGCCCGAGACGGAAUGUCAAGUAGCCCCGAAGAAAGUCACUCCAGGGGCGGCGGCUCCAACCGUGACUUAAAGACGGCCUCUUCGAGCAGCACGUCCCUCGAGGAUGGAAAUCCACCAUCGCUGCACCAAAACCGUAUACGCCAGUCGGACAGUAACACCAGUUUCCUCCGGGCUGCCAGAGCUGGAAACAUUGACAAAGUCCUUGAAUUCCUGAAGAACGGGGUUGACAUCAACACAUGUAACCAGAAUGGUCUCAAUGCGUUACACCUGGCGGCUAAGGAGGGGCACAAGGAAUUGGUGGAGGAACUGCUACAGAGAGGAGCAUCUGUUGACUCUUCCACCAAGAAAGGAAACACUGCCCUCCAUAUUGCCUCUUUGGCUGGACAAAAAGAAGUAGUCAAAUUGUUGGUGUCAAGAGGAGCAGAUGUCAAUUCUCAGUCACAGAAUGGCUUCACGCCACUCUACAUGGCGGCUCAGGAGAAUCACUUGGAGGUCGUGCGAUACCUCUUGGAAAAUGAAGGAAAUCAAAGCAUUGCAACAGAAGAUGGCUUUACUCCACUUGCUAUUGCUCUUCAGCAAGGGCACAACUCAGUUGUCUCCUUGUUGUUGGAGCAUGACACUAAGGGUAAGGUACGCCUUCCAGCCCUGCACAUUGCUGCCCGCAAAGACGACACAAAGUCUGCUGCACUGCUGCUUCAGAAUGACCACAACGCUGAUGUCCAGUCUAAGAUGAUGGUCAAUAGAACCACAGAGAAUGGGAAGAGUGGUUUCACCCCUCUGCACAUUGCGGCUCACUAUGGUAACGUGAAUGUCUCCACCCUGUUGCUGAACAGAGGAGCUGCUGUUGACUUCACAGCCAGGAAUGGAAUAACACCUCUACAUGUUGCCUCUAAGAGGGGUAACACCAACAUGGUGGCCCUGUUAUUGGACCGAGGUUCUCAGAUAGAUGCUAAAACAAGAGAUGGUUUGACGCCCCUGCACUGUGCAGCCAGGAGUGGACAUGAUCCUGCAGUUGAGCUUUUGCUGGAAAGAGGAGCCCCCAUCCUAGCUAGAACCAAGAAUGGACUGUCUCCACUGCACAUGUCAGCCCAGGGAGACCACAUAGAGUGUGUAAAACUACUGCUGCAACACAAGGCGCCUGUUGAUGAUGUCACACUCGACUACCUUACAGCGCUGCACGUCGCAGCUCACUGUGGCCACUACAGAGUAACUAAGCUCCUCCUGGACAAGAAGGCCAAUCCCAAUGCGAGAGCACUGAAUGGUUUUACUCCUCUCCACAUUGCUUGUAAGAAAAACAGAGUGAAGGUGAUGGAGCUGCUUGUCAAAUACGGUGCCUCCAUACAGGCAAUUACUGAGUCUGGUCUGACUCCCAUCCACGUAGCUGCUUUCAUGGGUCACCUCAACAUCGUUUUACUUCUACUGCAGAAUGGAGCUUCUCCUGAUGUUCGUAACAUCCGCGGUGAGACAGCUCUCCAUAUGGCAGCACGAGCAGGACAGAUGGAAGUGGUUCGCUGUUUGCUGAGAAAUGGAGCGUUGGUGGAUGCCAUGGCCAGGGAGGACCAGACUCCUCUGCACAUUGCAUCCCGUCUGGGAAAAACAGACAUUGUCCAGCUAUUAUUACAGCACAUGGCCUACCCGGAUGCUGCCACCACAAAUGGCUACACUCCUCUCCACAUUUCAGCCAGAGAGGGGCAGGUGGAGACAGCUGCUGUGCUCCUGGAGGCUGGAGCUUCACACUCAAUGGCCACCAAGAAAGGAUUCACUCCAUUACAUGUAGCAGCAAAAUAUGGAAGCCUCGACGUAGCAAAACUUCUCCUUCAGCGCAGAGCUCUUACAGAUGAUGCUGGCAAGAAUGGCUUAACUCCACUACAUGUGGCAGCUCAUUAUGACAACCAAGAGGUGGCGCUGCUGCUCCUGGAUAAAGGUGCAUCGCCUCAUGCUACUGCAAAGAAUGGCUACACUCCUCUCCACAUUGCAGCCAAAAAGAACCAGACAAACAUUGCUUUAGCGCUACUACAGUAUGGAGCAGAGACCAAUGCUUUAACGAAACAGGGAGUCAGCCCUCUGCAUCUGGCAGCUCAGGAAGGACAUGCAGAGAUGGCCAGCCUCCUGCUGGGAAAAGGAGCCCAUGUGAACACAGCGACAAAGAAUGGACUAACUCCUCUGCAUCUUGCUGCCCAAGAGGACAAAGUCACUGUAACAGAAGUACUAGCCAAACAUGAUGCCAACUUGGACCAGCAAACCAAACUUGGAUAUACCCCUCUGAUUGUCGCCUGUCAUUAUGGAAAUGCCAAGAUGGUUAACUUCCUGUUACAACAAGGAGCCAGCGUCAACUCCAAAACCAAGAAUGGUUACACACCACUUCAUCAAGCGGCACAACAAGGGAAUACACACAUAAUUAAUGUUUUAUUACAACAUGGGGCCAAGCCCAAUACUACUACAGUGAAUGGAAAUACCGCUCUGUCAAUUGCGAAACGUUUGGGUUACAUUUCUGUGGUAGACACACUGAAAGUCGUCACUGAGGAGGUCAUCACAACCACAACUACGGUUACAGAGAAACACAAACUGAAUGUUCCAGAGACCAUGACUGAGAUUCUCGAUGUGUCUGAUGAAGAGGGUGAGGACACAAUGACAGGUGAUGGGGGAGAGUAUCUAAGAGCAGAGGACCUCCGUGAGCUGGGAGAUGACUCUCUGCCAGGACAUUAUCUAGAUGGCUUCAAUUACAUGAGCCACAACUUGGACAGGCCCCAACACACUCCCAUUCACCAAAGUUUCCAUCAAAGAGAAGUUCUCAUUGAAGAUCUGCUUACAAGUCACCAGGUGUCAACACUGUCUAGAGAGCAUGAAAAGGACUCAUUCCGUCUGAGCUGGGGUGCUGAACAUCUUGAUAAUGUUGUGCUGUCCUCCAGUCUGCUACAUUCUGGCCGUUCCUCACCAUGCCUAGACCAUGACAACAGCAGCUUCCUGGUCAGCUUUAUGGUAGAUGCCAGAGGUGGAGCUAUGCGUGGUUGCCGUCACAAUGGUUUGCGAAUUAUUGUCCCACCAAGAAAGUGCUCUGCCCCGACACGGGUGACUUGCAGGCUGGUGAAGAGGCAUCGUCUGGCCUCUAUGCCACCUAUGGUAGAGGGUGAAGGGCUGGCUGGUCGCAUUAUAGAAGUGGGACCCACUGGAGCCCAGUUCUUGGGUAAGCUCCACCUACCUACAGCUCCACCCCCUCUGAAUGAGGGUGAGAGCUUGGUCAGUCGCAUCCUUCAGCUGGGUCCUCCAGGAACCAAGUUCCUCGGGCCUGUGAUUGUAGAGAUCCCCCAUUUUGCUGCUCUGCGGGGCACAGAGCGGGAGCUAGUGAUCUUAAGGAGUGAAACAGGAGAGAGCUGGAAGGAACACCACUGUGACUUUACUGAAGAGGAACUGAACCAGAUACUUAAUGGCAUGGAUGAAAAACUUGAUUCCCCUGAGGAACUUGAAAAGAAAAGAAUAUGUCGCAUCAUCACCAGAGACUUCCCACAGUAUUUUGCUGUUGUGUCAAGGAUAAAGCAGGACAGUCAUUUGAUUGGUCCAGAGGGCGGGGUCCUCAGUAGUACUCUCGUGCCCCAGGUCCAGGCUGUAUUCCCUGAAGGAGCCCUUACUAAGAAGAUUAGAGUUGGGCUUCAGGCUCAGCCUAUUGAUGUUGACAUGGUGAGAAAGAUUCUUGGUAAUAAAGCAACGUUCAGCCCAAUUGUCACAUUGGAGCCAAGGAGAAGAAAGUUCCACAAACCCAUCACAAUGACAAUCCCAAUUCCCAAGACCUCCAAUAGUGACACCACAUUCAGUGGGGAGACCCCGACUUUACGUUUGCUUUGUAGUAUUACAGGUGGUACCACUCCUGCACAAUGGGAGGACAUCACCGGCUCCACGCCUCUCACUUUUGUUAAUCAAUGUGUUUCCUUCACCACGAAUGUGUCAGCAAGAUUCUGGCUGAUAGACUGCAGACAGAUCCAGGAGUCUGUUGGUUUUGGCACUCAGGUCUACAGAGAAAUCAUCUGUGUCCCAUACAUGGCUAAGUUUGUCAUUUUUGCUAAGACACUUGACCCCAUUGAGGCUCGCCUACGGUGUUUUUGCAUGACAGAUGACAAGAUGGACAAAACCUUGGAACAGCAAGAGAACUUCACUGAAGUCGCCCGCAGCCGAGAUGUUGAGGUACUAGAGGGGAAACCUAUAUUUGCUGACUGCUUUGGAAACCUGGUGCCUCUUACCAAGAGUGGGCAGCACCAUGUGUUCAGUUUCUAUGCCUUCAAAGAGAACAGACUGGCCCUCUUUAUUAAAAUUCGAGACACAGCACAGGAGCCAUGUGGUCGAUUGUCUUUUACCAAGGAACCACGCACGUACCGUAGUCUUAAUCUCAAUGCAAUCUGCAACCUAAACAUCACCCUUCCACCAUACUCAAAGGAGUCUGAUUCAGACCAAGAUGGAGAUGAUGAGAGUGAGAAGAGUGACAAGAAAUACGAUGAAUCUGAAUCGACGGAGACAUUCUCCUUAAGAACUAAUCAACCUCUUGACCCUGCAACCCUUGCGAGCCCAGAUCUCCUGUCAGACACACAAGAUGUCAGAAUGUCUGCUAUCUUUACUCCAGAUAUCUAUGAAGAAAGAGCUGAAACUAAUAAAUCGGAAGAAAGAGAAUCUGUGGCCACUGUAGAACAGUUCAAAGACAGAGUAGAAAAGGCUGGUGAAAUUAACAAUCGGACGAAUGUUAGUAAACUGAGAGGACAACAAAUUGAUGAUAUCAAAGAUCAAUUUUCACUCUAUGGGACCAAUGCCCUUGAAGAGCCAGUCAUAAAGAACAUUGACAUUGAGAAACAAAGUUUAAGUAGAUCUUACACAGAUGUUAGAGACAUCACAUUGUUCUCCCCCCCUACCACACAGACAGAAAAAUGCCUUGGCCAGAAAUCUGCUAGGACAUGUGGUUCUCAACAAGAUCUUGUCCAAGAUGGAUUUGAACAGGUCAUUGAAAAGCAUGCAAACAAAAAACACCCACCAGAUAUCAAGAAACCUAUUCGGAAAAAACUUAGAGACAGAUCGCGUUCUGGAUGUAGCAGUUCUGAGGGAGAGUUGGAAAGGAUGAGCUCUGAGGAGUCUUUAGAUGGUGAUACUAUUCUUAAAGAGAGUAGCCUUUUAUCCACCCAAGUUGUCGAGCCACCAGCUUCUCCUUUGGUGGUUGAGACACCUAUAGGAUCAAUAAAGGACAGGGUAAAAGCUUUACAGAACAAAGUUGAAGAGGAAGAAGUGCAAAAAAAUACUCAAGUCUUUACAUACGAUGGAAAAUCUUCUAUUACCACAAAGAAAAUGGAGGAAGCUAUGCCAGAACUUCCCAGAGUUCCUAAGUCACCUAGAUCUCAGACAGAAAGAUUAGAGGAAACUAUGUCAGUGAAGGACCUGAUGAAAGCUUUCCAAACUGGGGAGGACCCGUCAAAGAGUAAAUCUGGGCUUUUUGAACACCAAUCCUUGCAGUCUUCUUGUAUUUCCACAUUGAUUUCUGAAUCACCAGGUUCGGAAACAGUGCAUGAUAUAGAACAAAGACCUACACAGGAGCCAAAAUCACAAAUCCAAACUCAAAGGCCCACGAAUUUCCAUCAACAGAGUAGUGUCAAGAAAGGUGAUCAAACAGACAUCAAGGAUGAACCAGCAAACUUAAUCAGCUGUCAAGAAUCACAGUUCACUUCAGACAGUGUUUAUAUUGAAAAGAUGGUUACAUUUAGUGAUACUGUUCAACGAGAUGAUGAAAGUGUUAGCCCAUUGCGAGAAGUAUCAAACUUGUCAGAGAAGGAGGGAUUCUCUGUGAAACAUCUGAUAAAAACAUUCCAGACUGGGCAAGAAGAUCAAAAAAGUAAAGCGGGACCUCAUUCAACACUGAUAUUAGAUUCUAAUGAUUCUGAAGAGAGAGAGACAACUGAACAAAGUCCUACACAGGAGCCAGAACCACAAAGCCAAUCUCAGAGACCCACGGUUUUCCAUUCAAAGAGUGACGCUGAUGUACACAGCAUCAUAAAGACAGACACAGAUGAUCAAUCACAAAGUUUAAUCAAAACAGAACCACAGUUAAUUUCAGACAUUUCCCUGUUGAGAAAGACAGUUACGUUUGCUGACACAGUUCAGUAUGAUGCUGUUAGCCCACAGCAAGAUGUGCCAGAGUUUUCAGAAAAGCAAAAUAUGUCUGUUAAGGAGCUGAUGAAAACAUUCCAGUCUGUAAAAGACCCCUCAAAAACUAAAGUGGAACUUUUUGAACACAAACCUGUGGCUUCCUCUAUUUCAACAUUAAUAUCCCAUUCAGGAGAUUCUGCAGAGAUACAGAGUUCUGAACAAAGUCCUACAAAACAGAUAAAUACUCAAAUCCAAAGUCAGACCCUCACAAAUGCACAUCAACAGAGUGAUGCCAAGCAAUAUGACCAAGCAGAAUUGGUUGCUCAACCAGUAACCUUAAUCAAAAAGGAAUCACAGAUAAUUUCAGAUAUUCCUUAUGGAAAGUCACUAAUAUUUGUAGAUACACUUCAGGGUGAUCAAUUAUGUCUUAAUAAGGGGCCAAAGAUGUUACAUAAAGAUGCCAUGUCUGUGAAGGAGCUGAGGAAAACAUUUGAGUCUCAGAAAGACCCUUUGAAGAGUAAAGUUGGAGCACUAGAGUCAGAGUCAGGCAUUAAGUGGAGUGAACACAGUCCCAGAAAUGAGCCAAAAUUGCAAACCCAAAUGCAGAAUAUCACAACUUUCCGACCGCAGAGAGAUGUGAAGGAUUUAGACGCCCAAACUGGCCCUCUACAGAAUCCUGAGAGUUCACAACAAAUGUUAGAUAUUUCUUGUUUUGGAGAAACAGUAAAAAAUGCUUAUGGAAUUCAGUUAGAUGACAGAAGGGUUAGCUCUUGGAGUGAUGAUUCAGAGUUAUCAAGAAGGAUAAUGCAACUCGAAGAACCGGCUAUUAGAAAGAGUAUAUCUGAUGAUUCACAGAUUAGCCCUGAUCGCAGACCUUCUGAGGACUUUAGUGCUGACAUAAAAGCUGAGCUGGAGGAAUGUCCAAAGUACCAGCAGUUCAAGCAAACAGCUUCAGAUGUCAGACAUCAACUUGAGACACCUGAAGAGGAGAGCUUUGCUCAGGAUUCUGAUACUUAUUUUGAGGAAGACAUAAGUCCCAAGUAUCUUGAGAGUCACAAACAUAAAGGCAUUGAUAAAUCCUCAGAGACUAGUGUUAUUACAACAUAUCACUCCAGCACUGGUGAGAGAGACAGUUCUGAAGGACUCAUGUCAGGACUGAGCAAUGAAAUCCAUUCGUACUCUACUAAAGAAGAUGGAAUGUACAUUAUACCAUCAGAGGAAGAUCAAAUCCAAGUAGAGAUAAAAACAUCUAGUCAGGCUGAUGUAAUUAGAGAGAAAGAACUCAUGCCAACUUCAGUAACUGAGACUUCACUCCAGGAGGUUUGCAUUGACAAAAAGGUACAUCAGCAAUCAUAUGAGCAAUCCGCAAAACCAAAGAAGAUGGCAGGGAUGCUAUCCCUGCUGAACAGUGACCUGGAUCAGUACCUCAAGGACAAGCCAGUGAAAAGUGAGCAUGCAGAGGAGGUUGUUGUUCAGGAAAACUUUGAACAAGUUAUUCACACCAAAAUACAUCAGUCUUCUAGUGCUGAUAUGGAGGAUGAGAUGAAUGCACAGACAGAUGAACAGACAGAGAUUAAUGUGGCUGAAGUAAAAGAACUAACACCAUGUUCUAUAUCAGAGACUCCAUUUCAACAAACUUGCAUUGAGAGAAACUUAAAACAACAACAGUUUAAAACUGAGAAGAAUAUGUCAGGUAUGGUAUCACUUCUUAGCAGUGACCUAGUUCAACAUCUCAAUGAAAAGUCAGUGACAAUACAAUCCCAGCCACAGGAAGAGCUAGUCAAUGAGAGGUUCCAACAAGUCAUAUUGACAAGUGAUAUUUCAAUAGACAUGAUAAGGGGCGAACUAAGUGAAGACCUUCAGACAGAUCUAAGUGGAGGCAGAGAACUAACACCAAGUUCCAUGGUGGAAACUUCAUUCCAAGAAAUUUACAUAGAGAGAAAGGCACAGCACCAGCCAUCUGCAUCUGAGAAAAAUAUGUCUGGCAUGCUAUCACUUCUUAGUCAUGACUUAGAUCAACAUCUUCAGGAAAAGUCUGUGGCAAUGCAAUCUGAACCAGAAGAACAUCUAGUCCACGAGAGAUGUGAACAAAUUAUAUUGUCAAGUAAUGAUUUACAGGACAAAAUAGACGGUGAGGCAAAUGAAAACCUGCACACUGAUGUAAUUAGAGAGAAAGAACUCGUGCCAACUUUGGCAAGUGAGACUCCAUUCCAGGAAGUUUGCCUUGAAAAAAAGGUACAAUAUCAAGAGUCAUACGAUCCAUCUACAAAACCAAAGGAGAUGUCGGGCAUGCUAUCCCUGCUGAACAGUGACUUGGAUCAGUACCUCAAGGACAAGCCAGUGAAAAGUGAGCAUGCAGAGGAGGUUGUUGUUCAGGAGAAAUUUCAGCAAGUUAUUCAAACCAAAAUACAUCAGUCUUCUAGUGCUGAUAUGGAGGAUGAGAUGAGUGCACAGAUGUAUGACCAGACACAGAUUGAUGUGGCUGAAGUAAAAGAACUAACACCAUGUUCUAUAUCUGAGACUCAAUUUCAAAAAACAUGCAUUGAGAGAAAUUUAGAACAACCAAAGUCUAUUACUGAGAAGAAUAUGUCAGGUAUGGUAUCACUUCUUAGCAGUGACCUAGUUCAACAUCUCAACGAAAAGUCAGUGACAAUACAAUCCCAGCCACAGGAAGAGCUAGUCCAUGAGAGGUUUCAACAAGUCAUAUUGACACGUGAUAAUUUGGAGAGCAAAAUAGAGGGAGAGUCAAAGGAAGAGCUUCAGACAGAUGUAAUUGGAAACAGAGAAUCAGCUUUGGAAACUUCAUUCCAAGACGUUUGCAUAGAGACAAAGGCACACCACCAGCCAUCUACAUCUGAGAAAAAUAUGUCUGGCAUGUUGUCACUUCUUAGCAGUGACUUAGAUCAACAUCUUCAGGAAAAGUCUGUGGUAGUGCAAUCUGAACCAGAAGAGGAUGUAGUCCAUGAGAGAUGUGAACAAACUACUGUGAAAACGAAUGAUUUACAGGUCAAAAUAGCAGAAGAGGCAAACGAAGAGCUUCAGACAGAUGUAAUUGGAGACAGAGAAUCAGUGUUGGAAACUCGAUUCCAAGAAGUUUGCAUAGAGAGAAAGGCGCACAACCAGCAAUCUACAUCUGAAAAAAAUAUGUCUGGCAUGUUGUCACUUCUUAGCAGUGACUUAGAUCAACAUCUUGAGGAAAAGGAUGUGGUAGUGCAAUCUGAACCAGAAGAGGAUGUAGUCCAUGAGAGAUGUGAACAAACUACCAUAAAAAGUAAUGAUUUACAGGUCAAAAUAUCAGAAGAGGAAAUCGAAGAGCUGCAGACUGAUGUAAUGGUAGGCAGAGAAAUACCAAGUUCAGUGGUAGAAACUCCAUUCCAAGAAAUUUGCGUAGAGAGAAAGGGGCACCACCAGCCAUCUACAACUGGGAAAAAUAUGUCUGGCAUGCUAUCAGUUCUUAGUCAUGACUUAGAUCAACAUCUUCAGGAAAAGUCAGCAGUAGUGCAAUCUGAACCAGAAGAGGAACUAGUCCAUGAGAGCUACAAGCAAGUUAUAGCAGUAAAGGAUUUCAAACAAGAAACUCAUGCCUUAUCUCCUGAACAUAAAAUGAUGUCACCAGGAGAUACAAUUUUUGACAGAAUGGAUAUCACUAAAAAACAACCUUUGGAAAGUGGUUGGCACACAUGUUCUAAAGAAGAUGAAAGCCUGAAGAGUUUUUCAUCUGGGGAAAUUAAAACGGAGUGGAUGGUGGAUGGGAAGUCAUAUGCACAUGACUAUAAAAGUGACCAUGAAGAUGUUAGUGUUGCUGUCUCUGAUUCUGUUCUUUUUCAAGUACCAAGUAGUUUUAACACACUACAGCGACCGGCUGAUUUAGAAAAUCUAAACACUGUUGUAUUUGAUGACCCAGCUAAUGAGUCAUGUCAUCAAGAUUCACUAGAAGCUAGCCCUCUUGUGGAGGAUAAAUCGUCACAGAAAUCCCCUGAUUCAAUUGAACCAAGCCCUACCAAAGAAUCUCCUUGUCCAGACUCUCUUGAGGGAAGUCCUACUCAGUCAAACAAUGCAGAUGUUAAGAUCCCAGCAAAGACUGCUGUAUAUGAAGAUUAUGCUUCCCAGCUCAGAGCAUGUUUUGCUUAUGACGAAAAUAUUUCCUCAGAUGAAUGUGAGCAUGUUGAGCAUGAUAACAAUCUUGAGACAACUGAAAUACACAGUGAAAAUAAAGAAGACAAAUAUUCUGAAUCCACAAAGAGAGUAGCUCAUGGUGAGAGUCUUCACAUGUUUGUAAGGCAAGGCUGUUUUGAUAAAGAAGAAAGGGCGGUUGAUGGCACCAAUAAACAGUUAACACCAGAAGAGGAGAUGUUUAAAAUGGCUGCAAAGAUCAAAACAUUUGAGGAGAUGGAACAGGAGUCUAAACUGCGGAUAGAAAAAUCUUUUGAUGCUAUUGUACUAUCAGAAACAAAUGGUCAUGAAAAUGGUGAGGUUGAUCUUAAAUCUGGCCCAGUUUCACAGUCUGUCCCACAAGAUACAAUAGAGAAAAUAACAGAGAAAUGUGUGACAGAAAGCAUUCACAGACAAAAGGAGGCACUGAAUAUUACUUUUAAUAAGAAGGAAGAAACUCAGUCAGAUCCUAAAAGUACUCACUCAGUUGACAGUUCACUGUGUUUAACUGCAACUCCAGAUGAACCUGAUCAAGAAUGUGAGUACUCUGUGCCACACAAAGAUAAAGACACUAUUGGAGGUGCAGUCACUGACAUUCCUUUUUCUGGCUCAGAUGAACAUCAUUUAAAUGAUGACAAAAAAGUUGGAUCACCAUUUACAAUCGGUUCAGCUUCAGUCAGCCAACCUCAGACUACGGUGUGUACUAAAGAAGGAGAAUUUGUUGUAGAGUGUGAGGGUCUUUGCAUUUCAGAGGACAGAAAAACACCAGAUAAAACACCAGGUGAUGAAAAAAACCCUGAUCCAUUUCAGUUUCAAGAGGGAAAGCUAUUUGAAAUGACCAGAGGUGGAGCUAUUGACAUGACAAGAAGCCUUGAUGAAGAAAGGGAAGCAUAUGCAUUUUUUCAUAUUGGGAAACAUCCAGUUGAUGAAGUUGUCCCAGAAGAGACUGAACACUCUCAAUCAAAGUCUUUAACUUUACAGAUGAAUGAUUAUGUCUCAGAUGUAACCCAUCAAGAAACCCCAAAUUCAUAUUUGACUCAGGGUACCAGUGACAAAGCAUCUAGUGCCAAUUCUGAAACUGUCAUCGUAGCUACAAGUGGAAAAGUUACUAAAGUUGAAUGUGCCAGCUCUAGCUCUGCUUUAGACAAUAAAAGCCUUGAAAGUCUCGGUCUAAGCUAUCUAGACUCUACCAUAGCCGAUCUUCAAUCAGACAUAUCCACAGUCGCUCAUUCAUUCUACUCAGACCAGAGCCAUGAUUUCUCAGAUGAUGAUGAUGAUGAUGAUGAUGAUGAUGACGUUGAGGAGGAAGAAGACCAGUGCUCAGUCAUAGAGAUGGCCUUUUCAUCUGGUCAGCCUAGCAUGCCAGCAUAUAAUCAGGACUCACCCACACCUUUGACAAAACCAGCCACGGCAGUUAAGGGAGAUGGUCAUUAUAAAAAAGCCAAGAAAGACACACAGAUAUCUCAAGUUCAUGGAGAAGAAAAAAGUUCCACCUUAGCCCGUAGGACUAGAUCUGAGGCUAGUGACAUAAAUAAAUCCUCUGUAAAAGACAGCAGGAGUUAUUCUGAUAGUAGUCAGCCCACUAAUACAACUGACCUUUCCCCUUCCAAACUUACUGUAAUGACGCAAGAAAAAGCUUUACCUCAUAUGAUCUCGACAUGCUCUUCUCCAAGGAAAGACAGCCAACUGUCCAAGACUAUAGAAACAUCUGUUAGGCCUUCUUUGGAUACCGAUGAUAUAAGUAGCGCUAGUCACAAGAGCCCAGAUUCUGUUAUCUUCACAUAUGACAUUCCUGCUUCGCAUAGUUCAGGUUCUGAUGGCAGUAGAGUAGAGCCAACAGAGCAUUUGUCUUGUGAGACAGAGGAUGUAUUUGAAUCCAGGCCUGCCUGGAAUGAAACAGUGGAAACUCAGAUGCAGAGAGUCAUCGAUGACCAAACUUCAGAAUGUACGGCAGUCGAUUGGCAGGUGGAUGCUGACAGGAAAGAGGAGACAUUAGCUAUCAUUUCAGAUCUUCUUGGCUUCAGCUGGACUGAACUUGCAAGAGAACUGGAAUUCAGUGAAGAUGAUAUUCAGCUAGUGAGAACAGAGAAUCCUAAUUCCCUCCAAGAGCAGAGCCAUGCUUUACUGCAGCGCUGGGUUGAACGUGAGGGCAAACACGCCACAGAGGACUGUCUGAUUAAGAGGCUGACUAAGAUCAACCGCAUGGACAUUGUUCAUCUUAUUGAAACCCAGAUGAACAAGUCAGUUCAAGAGCAAACAUCUAGAACUUAUGCAGAGAUAGAGAAGACACUGGAUCACAGUGAAGUGUCAGUAGCCUUAUCUUCAGUCCAAGAGGAUGCAGAUAGCCCCAGAGUUGUGAGAAAAGUGGAGUCAGAUCGCAGACCACCCCCAGCUGUUUCAGAAGAGGACCUCUCAGUCGCGUCCCUACUGGAUAUUCCUUCGUGGGCAGAGCCUGUUGGACAGAUCCAUUCAGAGAGCAUCCAUGGUGACCUAUUGGAGGAGCUUGAAAUCCCGCAUGAGUUGAAUCCUAACUUGUGGACCUCUGAGGAUGUAAUUACACGUGAAUCAAGUCAAGACAACUUAGAUGAGCAAGUGUCACCUGCAUCUUCCAAGACAAAUAUUUCACAAGAUUCACAACAAAAAAAUCUUGAUUUAGGACAGAGGCAGGUCUUUCCAGCAGAAUCCCCAUCCUUACCAUGUGAUUCAAAUACAGUUUUCACUAAAAAACUAGAAUUACCAAUUCCAGCUAACUUUGACUUGAGUAAAGCACAAUUUGACACCACAGUGACCAAUCAAAUUAGUGCACCAAAGGAAAAAGACAAAAUGUCAUCUCCCACAAGUGAAGAUUAUUGCUUAGUUAAACCAAGCUUCAUGACUCUAGAAUCAGUCUCUCAAACAGCUCAAGAUAGCCCAGAUGCUGCAACUGUCAUGUCCUCAGAAUCCACACCAACACCACCAGGGUCUGGGUCCCCUCAGCUUGACCAGCUUCUGUCAGAUCUGGAGGAGAUGAAACUUAAGUUUAGACCAGAGGCACUUAAACCACAUUCAUCUGAAUCCACCAACAAGAUCCCUGCAGUUAACCAAAUGUAUGAGUUCCAAGAUAUUUUCCUUCAGGAUCACGGCCCUGCAGAAUAUAGUGAUGCUGCACAGCUUGCAGUAGAUAACCCAGAUAUACCCAUUACAGAGCAUCCACAUUUCCAGACAUCCAUGCAGCUUGAACAUGAAAUGGUCUCAGUCAUUCCCGAUGUAACAAAACUUGUCACAAGUGUACCAUCAAGCUCUGGUCUUCAUAAAGACAGUUCUGAGUCCUCUAAUGAAUCCCUUUCAAGCCCAGAAUCUUCCCAAAGACUUUGUGAAGAAAUGGAACAACCAAGCUUUCAUGUGGAUGCAUUCCAGUUAAGCACACAUGGUCUAAAUAAUACUCAGAAAAUUCCUUCAGUUGCUACAAAGAGCAAGUCUGACAUACCUGAGAAAGAUAUUUGUUGGGAAGAUGCUACAACUGACAUUCUUCAGAGUCAAGAAGCACAUGAAUUAGCUAUGCCAUCUAAUGACUUUAAAGGUGUGACAGAGGAAUCACAGACUAUCGCAGAUAGACUAUCGCAGUUAUGGGCAGCAAACUCUGUUGACAGUAUACAUAAUGAAGAUUUGUCUUCACAGUCUCUUUCUGAUUUGACUCCCGAGACAGUGAUAUCUGCAAGAAAUUUCAGCUUUGAAGAACUGGUGCCCAAUUCCUCAUCAAGGAACUUAAAAAUAUCUUCAGAUGAGGACAGGACCAGUGAACACCACUCAGAAGGAUCUCUCACUUCAGUAGACGAUGAAUGUUUUGACUCUCAGUCUUCUUCAGUCAAACCCCAAACUGAUUCUUCUUCAGCCUCUGAUGAAGAGUACAACUUGCCACCUGGCUAUGCAGAGGCCUCCUCUAUUUCAUCUACCUAUACUCAGAUACCUCCAGGAUACAGUCCUAUAGUGCAUAGUGGUGCAGACAGUCCAACCAAUGAAUAUUCUGACCUAGAGCCUUACUUUGACUGCAAACAGGGUUCAUCCGAUUUCUCAGAGCCUGAUCCCGAUGAAUCUGAGACAAGAGCUAGGUCAAGUGGAGGUCAAGCCCAGGAUCACUCUAGAGUGCAGGAAAAGUUGGAUCAAAAAGUACUAAUGUCUUCUGGAAGUGAAGACUAUGAAGACGCUUCUUUUGUCCAUGAGCCUCUUUAUCGUGUAGAUGUAAAGAGAGAAGAAAUGCAAGAAACAUCAGAUGAAGAAUUCACCUUGUGUGAGACUUCACAACCACCACCUGUCUGUGAAACUGCAGCAUAUCAUGAUACUGAUAAAUCUCUGACAAGGGAGAUCAACGCUGAGCUUGGAUCAAUGUCAGAAAGUUCAGAUGAUGAAUUUUUGACUGCCAGAAUAGUACAAAGAAGAGUUGUCAUUCAGGCUGAUGAAAUGCCAGACCUCCCUGCCCAGUCGGUGUCAGAAGAAAGGUACAAGGAUGAAAAUGGACACAUAGUUGUCAAAAAGGUUACCCGUAAAAUUAUACGUAAGUGUGUUUCCGCGGAUGGUGCGGAGCAUGAAGAGACGACCUUAGAAGGAGCUCCUCAGGGGUUUGUCCCUGCAGCGGAGGGAGAUGGCUACUCUAAGGUUGUGAAGCGGACAGUCGUGAAAAGUGAGGGAGACCACACAGAGGUGACUUUUACCGAAUGUGAGCAUUCGUCAUCAUCAAGGCAGGAGACGGCUGAUGGCCGCAAGAUCAGUCACACGGAAAGGACAACCGUGUUGGAGGGUAAAAGGACAGUGACACACCAUGGUGAUCAGUCUUUGACCUCUGAUCUGCCUACAGCCCAGGACGACUUCAAGAAGGCAUUCGGUUAUUUGAGUGGUUUUAGCGGAACAGAGCUCCCUCUGGUGGUAGAAAGAGAGACUAUCAAAGAGGAUGGAACAGUGGUCAGGAGGGCCCAUCUGCGUAAAGGUUGCACUCUCACACGAACAGUGGUUGAGGGAGCUGGGCAGCGCAAACAGGUCAUUCAAGAGAAAGUGGACCACCCCAGAAAAGAAUCGAAAACCCGUGAUCUCCAACAGCAUCUCCACCAGCUCUUUCACCGCUACUACGAAGAAGAAAAGAACAAUGACGAUGAGGAAGGAAGAGUAAAUGAUUGAGUAACACUCUGCCCAACUCCCUCGUUGUGCCCAUGCUAAAAUCCCUGCUAGUCCUAUGCAUUAGUCACAUGCAAUCCUAGUGUGCACAAACACCUCAAAGCUACCACAGUCUUCCCCUUUAGGACCUGGAAGAUGAUCUUUAGUUCUUGAUUUGGAGUUUUUUCCCUGUGUGGUUUUAAAGUGCUUCUGAGUUUCUUUAUUGUCUUUUUUUUUUAUUUUUUUUGCCUUUUGUGACCAAAGAAAGCCUUUUGUUGAUCUCCUGAUUGUUUUACUUUCUGAUUCAAGUUGUCUGAUAGGUUUGUCUUAUCCUGUGGUAGAGCAACAAAACACUCAAAGAAAACAGAGCGACACUAUCCCCAUCAAAUAACUCACAAACCUCCAGAAGUACAUUUUACUUAAAAACACUGGUACUGCUCUUGGAGUAGGUGCUUGGACUGAAAGACGAUAUUUCACAUUGCACUGCCUCUCACAACUUUCACAGAUAAUCCUUUAUGAAAAAAACAACAACUUCUCACUCACUGUACUAGCCUCUGCUUUUUUGAUUCAGAUGGUCAAGAUGUCACAAACAGAAAAUCAGACUGUACUGACACUGAAUUUAACUGCUGCUGUUGUGUUUCGUGUUGACUAUGUGUACUCUGUCUUUGGGAAUUAUAUAUUCUAUUUAAUCUCAACAUUACUGACAUCUGUAGCCUAGGAAUGAAUAAUCACUCAUGUGAACUUAACAGGCAUGACUAAUCAACAUCUGUCAGUUUGAUCCUAGCUUUGACUGCUUUGUCGUUGUGUGGAUUGCCCUUCUGCCUUUCUUUACCUUGUGUGUGUGUGUCUUUCAUUCUUUAUUAUUAUGUUUCAACUAAACAUUGUUGACCUCCACUUUUAAAGUAUGGAUGUGAUGAGUGCAUGUGUGACUGUACAUGCUUUAGGUUUGAUUUUGUCUGUGCAUUUGAUGAGUUAAAUACCACACUGAAUGCUGGUCAAAAGUUUCUGUAGGUGAUUUUAACUUGUUUGCUGAUGUUUGUUUGUAUUUUCAUUUUCGUGUAGAGAAGUUAUUUAAUUUAAUAAUUCAGCCCCUCAGGAUUUGGCACUGGGAAAUGGAAUAAUCCCAGUUUUCUAAUAUUACAUUUGUGGUAAGAUGAUGAUACACUCAAUGUUUUAUUUAUGUAAAGAUUUGUUAGUUUAUCUUUUGAAUCCGAUUGUUGAAGUAGAUAAAGGCGGUUUUGUGUUAUGUGUGUGAGUGAAUGAUUUGGUGUGUGUAGUUAAAGAGUGUGUAGCAGUUUCUGUCAGCAAAGAAAAGAAAUGUUUAUUUUACACAAUUAGCAUUUGCACUCCUGAAUGUCAGAAGAGGAAACCUCCAUGCUUUCUGUGCACUGCAACACAAGGUACAGAAUAUAUCAGCCACAGGGAUAGUCUCAUUGUGGAGGGAUUGCUGUAACAAAGCAGGUUGAGAGCUUAAAUAUAUGAUUAUCCGCAGCUCGGAGCAUCGCUACUGUUUGUAUUUACAACAUGCAAUGUAUUUACUCUCACUCUCACUGUUUAUUUUGUGAUUUAGAGAAAAAAAUGCAAAUUAGUGGAGAUUCACUGUGACAGAUAUGCUUUUAAUUUGAAGACUCAGCAUCCCUUCUCCGUGAUGAUGACCCGUUAUAUACAUAUACAAUGCAUAUAUAAAUAAAUAUCUAUAAAGGCAUGUAUUACUGUAUCAAAAGUCAAAAAUGCAGAAAAGAAAAUGGCUGCAGUGUAUCUAUAGCUGAGAAUAAAAAUCUACAAAUGUG